UUUGGUUCAACUGUAGUCAAACGUCCUCCCCUCCCACAUUUUUUUCUCUAGCCCGAACACACGUCUGAUAGGCACCUUUUCAUAACAAUGAGAACAGAAGAAUAUAUACUGACGUCAACACCGCAAGGAUUUUUUCAUGUAUAUAGACCAGUUUAAGGCUCAGAAUAGACAGUCUCUUUGUGAAAUCUAUUAUUAUUUCUUUUUUGGUUGUAUGUGUUUUUGUUUUUUUUAAAUUAUUGCUAUACAAGGUCAUGUUCUUCAUAUUCUUAUUAUAAAGAUAUGUUGACAUCCAUUAGAAGGAAUCACAAGUUAAGCAACAGAAGGAUUGCUAAGUUCAGUUCUGGUUACGAGAGUUCUCGGUCUACAUCACGUGACAGUGCGACAGACAACUCGGAGAAGAGUUCCACCCCUUAUCGUCUGCCCAAAUUACUUCUAGAUUCGGACGAUGGGUUUGUAGAGAAAGAAUCGGAAGUGAAGGAAGUGGAACAAAUAUUUGGAAGAUUUGGCUAUGAAUAUGUCGUCAGAUUGCCAGAAUUGAAGCCUCUUACACCUGCUGAGAUUAUCUCCCCUCAGCGUCUUCUCUCACAGAGAUAUAGGCAAGUGUCAUUAGUGCCACGGCUCAGAACGGCGGAAAUUUUACCGGAAUAUCGCCACACGCCAUCUUUGGAAAGAGAGAACAGAAGUAGUACAGAUGAUGACAUCUCCCCUCACAGUUUAGAGCAAAAGUAAGUCUACAGUUUAA